AAGCCGUUUCGGGAAGCAGAUAGGCACGGUUUCGCAGGGCCGGAAGCUUCGAUCUUUUUGUCCUUCUGGGCUCUUUUCUUGCAGCAAAAAAGAGUACCUUUUUUCUUGGGUUUUAGGUGAGAGAGAGGGAGGUGGAGAUCGGAUGGGGCACUUCGAUCCUUGAAGAGAGACGGAGGACUGGGAAGAGGAGAAGAAAGAAAGAGAAGGAGAGGUAUCGGUGAUUGCAUGUGGAUGUGGGUCAAGAGGAUAUGGACAGAGAGAGAGGUCGAGAUUUGAAGCGGAGCGGCAUCUCGGGGGGUCAGUCUUCGCCCGCGAAGCGACGGCAGAGAGCGUUAUCUGGACGCAUCAGCAGCAGCGCCAAAUCCACCUCUCCCCUUUCCCCCUUCCCCUCUGAAAAAAAAGUUGCAGUUUUGAGUGGUACUGGUUAUGUUGGUGGCGGAGGAGGAGGUGGAGGAGGAGGCGAGGAGGAGAGUGCGAUGGAGAGAUGGAAGAAAGAGAAAGCCAAGGCGUUCAGGUGGGGCUCAGGCAUCAACGAAGGGUACAGCAGGACGGGCGAUAGAGGAGGAGGCAUCAGUGGUUCUGAUGAAGGAGAGCAGCAUCUUUCACGCCCGCCGCUUUCUAGGAGUUUUGGACUCCAGUCAAAGGCAUCUGAGGAUGGCAAUGCUGUGGGUCCUGCUGUGGUGCCUAGGAAAUUACGUUCAGCGAUGAACAAACGCAGCAGGUUAUCAGCAUCUCCGCCGUUGCCGGAUUUGAAGAACAAAUUAUCAGCAUCUCCGCCGUUGCCAGAUUCGAGGAACAAAUGCUAUGCUCGCAAUGGUAACCAUAUGCCCUGUGUUAAUGGUGCGAGGAGAUGCAAGAGAAACAUGCUAAACGAACCAGUUACCAAAGCUGAGGAAGAAGCUGCUGAGACAUUGUCUGCAUUGGCUAGUAUGAUUCCUGAUGGCAGGCCAGUCAAGAUCAGUGAGGAUGGCGGAAUGUCUGAGGAGAAUUCACAUGCAGCAGCAACUGUUGUUUCUAAUUUAGAAGCUUCAAAAGAAGUGAGUACUGAAAUUUUUCUUCCAGGCGCCAGCCCUGUAGCCACAAAUCCCUCUUUUCAGAUAGAGCCAAUGGCAGAAACCGCAAAACCUGAGCCUUCUGCUUUGGAGCAGCCUGCUAUUACCAGUGGAAACCAGGAGUUCGGUCCAGGAUCAAAUGGAACAGUUCAACCCGGUUUCCAAAGAACAUCUCCAUCUAAGAAUGAACAGGCAAAGAAUGCAAUUUUAAGGGAUUCUUCAAACUCAUCAAAUCUCUUGGAAGCUUCUCUUUAUUCUUACUGUGGAAACAGCAGAUCAGCACAAUCCAAUGCCCUUUCGGUGCACAAACCAGAGAUUCGUCCUUGGCCAUUUGGAUCUGCUUCAGCAGAACACCAAGUGCGGUCCUUCAAGCAGAAAGCUGACAAUCCUACACGUUAUGUGUGUGGGGAAGAUACAAGUCAUGCUCUGCAGCCUGGUUUGCCAAGCAGUGGUAAUGGACAUUUGGCAAUGUCUUCUUCAAGUAAAGCUGCUCUCUGGCCAGAUUCUGCUGCAACUGGUUGUAGAACUACUUCAAACGGAGUUAGCUCCAAUGGAACUGACCUUCACACUGGAAAGCUUCCACAGGUGUCAGCUGAUAGGCGAUCAUCAUGGAAAAGGUGCACUACUCACGUGUACAUAAGCCAUACCAUUCAGCGCUAUCAGAAGACACAAAUAAAGCAUCAGUUUCCGUUCCUGACAAACCGAUCAAAAGCCAAAGGGGGAACAAUCUCGGGUGUUCAAGAUUCCAAUAAAGCAAUUGGGAUGAGUAGUCUGAACAGCAGGACAGCUGCUGGAAACAGAGGUUCCAUAAUGGAGAGUAAAGAUGAAUCUAGAAUUCAAAUGUUAUCAGGUUCCUCUAUGCAGCAGCAACAGGCCCCACAUCAUUCCAUUAUGCCGUUCCCCUUCCCUCAUGGUCCUUCCCUGUGCCCAGACCGGCUUGCAGCCAUGACACAACAGCUGCAGCUACCACACCAGAUUGGCAACUCAAUUUAUGGACCUUAUGGACCCCAACUUGUUGUUGCUGGAGGCAAGCUACAGCAGAUAUGGCAAGCGCAUAUGGCCCAAUACAGGCCGCCUCUUGGUAUUCCCGCAUGGCAGACCAUGAGGCUGCAGGACCCAUCCCUGCUUCCCUGUGCUCAGCCUCCAUCCACAUUUCCUCAGCCUUCCAGAGAGAUGCAGGUUGGAUCCUAUCAAUCUCCUAGUUCACUGCAGCUACAAGAGCUCUUGCCAAUUCCCUCAUCAUCAUCCUUGAGAGCAAAGAAGCCACAUGGUAGUGGGUUUGGCACUGAAGGUGCACCUCAACUGCAGCUGCUAUGUAAUGCCCAGCGCAUGUAAAGACAAUACCAUUGGAUGGCACAGACUGGUUCAUUGUUUUAUUCGUUCAAAUGUAAAGGCUUUUUGAUGAAUCUUGGAGGAUCACAAGUUCAAGGGGAAGGUGCAAGUAAUGAAGAUAUUUUUCCCAGAGGAUGACCAUGACAUUGCAUGGGCCAUGCCAUGCACAGCACUCAGCUGCGGUGGAUCGGUUGCUUUUGGUUCAUGUCGCAGCAGCAGCAGCAAUGGAAGCUGCUUAAAGGGACCCUUGAUUCUCAGUUACACAGCUCCCUUCACUGUUUGACCCGUUCGCUGCAGCAGCGGCACAUUGAGCCUGUCUGCAUGAUCCCCAUUGUUGCAGUGCAUGGGCCCCUACAUAUGGAUGACUGUACGUGUAGCAAGAGCAUGAGCAUCGCGUGCACAGCAGAGAAGCUUUUUUCUAAAUUGCUGAUGGCAAGGUUUGGCACGGUGACUAAAUUACGGACGCUUCUUUCUAGCGUCGGCAGGUCAUAGUCGGAGAAAUCUAUUUUUUUUUUUGUAGUGAAGCCAGUGUCCCUAAGGCAGGGUGGCAAGUGCUGGCCUCUGUCGAUCAACAUAUCAUAUUGAGCCAUCACUGGUACGAAGUACUCGAUCGGUACUGCUUUAUAUCAGCCUAGUGAAUGGAAUGGUUGUUUUGACAUAGCAUGACACAUUUCGGUGUGAUACUAUGAUAUGGUGGAUAUUUUGCCGUUAUUUGGUGCCUCUCAUACCAACGGCAUUAAGUAUUUAUUAAGAAA